AUGCGCCUGAUAAUCUUAGAGGACGCGUCGGUGGUGGCGGAUUGGGCGGCACGGUUCGUGAUGCAGCGCAUCAAGGAAUUCGCUCCCGGGCCGGGACGGCGCUUCGUGCUGGGGCUGCCCACGGGCGGCACGCCUCUCGGGAUGUACCGACGCCUGAUCGACUUCUAUCGCGAAGGUCGUCUCUCCUUCGAGCACGUGACCACCUUCAACAUGGACGAGUACGUGGGGCUGCCGCGCGACCACCCCGAAUCGUACCACCACUACAUGUACAACGAGUUCUUUAAGCACGUCGACAUAGCGCCGGAGCACGCGCACGUGCUGGACGGCAACGCGUCCGACUUGGCGGCCGAGUGCGCGCGCUUCGAGCGCCUCAUCAAAGAGGCGGGCGGCGUGCACCUGUUCGUGGGCGGCAUCGGGCCCGACGGGCACAUCGCCUUCAACGAGCCCGGCUCCUCUCUCGUGUCGCGCACGCGCGUCAAGACUCUCGCCUACGACACGCUCGAGGCCAACAAGCGCUUCUUCGACAACGACAUCUCCAAGGUGCCCUCGAAGGCUCUCACGGUGGGCGUCGGCACGGUGAUGGACGCGAAGGAGGUGAUGAUCCUGAUCACGGGCGCUCACAAGGCGCCGGCGCUGUCCAAGGCCAUCGAGGAGGGCGUCAACCACAUGUGGACCGUGUCCGCCUUCCAGCAGCACCCGCAGGCGCUCUUCGUGUGCGACGAGGACGCCACGCUCGAGCUGCGCGUCAAGACGGUCAAGUAUUUCAAGGCGCUGAGCGAGGAGCAUCAGAAGAUGAUCGAAGAGGUGCCGGUGGAGGCGCAGCAGGUCAUCCAUUGA